UACCUUGACUCUCGAGCCUCAGCUAUUUGUUUCCGGACCCUCUCAAUCGUUUUUUUAGCGUAUCCUGCGUAGGACUGUCGAAAUGCACACUCAUAAUCACACUUCUUCCACGUAACAUGCUCACUUGGACAAGGAAGAUUAUUUUCCAAGAUAUUCAACGAUUCGCCUCAUUGUCGUAAAAGAAUUUUCUGCUGCGUUUAACCUAUAGUGAAAUGGAUACAGAGCGAUGCCGUCCUACUAAACAGGUUUCAGUUGGGAACGUCCGCAUAGUGGUCGUUCUCGCUUCGCUUUUUCUUGCCACCCUCAUCGUUGCCGUUUGCUCAGUGAUCUUGGUCAUCGUGCUCAACAAUGGUUAUUCAGCGUCCAGUGCGUCCAAAGGGGACGUCAGGUCAUGUUCGACGACGAGCACCUGUCCGGCUCCUUCACCACUUUCACAAAAUGAAACUCUUUGUCUCAGUGAAAGAUGCAUUCGGCUCGCUGCCAUGUACUUGGAUAACAUGAACAAGCAGACUGAUCCUUGUUCUAACUUCUACACUUUCGCUUGUGGAAGGUACGCAGAGACCAGGAUUGUCCCGGAACAUGCGAAAAAGGUCACCGUUCUUUAUGACAUGAAGAGAGAUCUGGAUCUUCACUUGAGGGGUAUACUCGAGAACUCACCUCGUAAGAAUGCAUCAAAACCAAUGGCUCUAGCACAAACGUACUACGAUUCCUGCAUGGACGAAGAAGCUCAGAAUGAUAUGGGUACACUGCCUUUAUUGUCUCUCAUUUCGCAGCUCGGUGGAUGGGAACUGUUAACAAAUGCUAGAUUUGACUCAGCUGAUUAUCACUGGGAAAUUUCAGCAGGUCAGCUUUCGGUGAUAGGAGUGGAUGGCUUAAUAAAAGUCUUUGUGCACAAUAAUUUUGAGAACAGUGAUGAACAAAUACUCAUGUUCUGCCCACCAAAGCUAUUUCUGGAAAAGAAAAAGUUCUAUCGCGGUGCUCCAUCAUCCAACAGCUUUUUGGGCCAUUAUCGCGAGUACAUCAUCAGUCUUCUUCAAUUACUCGGUGUCGACAUGGAAGAUGAUGAAGGAAUGAUUGAAUAUCAAGUCAACGAUAUCAUCGAUGUGGAGCGAAGGAUAGCUAAUCUUUCCCGAUCCGACAACGUUCGUAACCAUUCCGCUAUAAAUAAUCUAAUGUCCUAUGGAGACUUUCGCAGACGUUACCCUGAGAUACGAUGGAAUUUGUUUUUCAACGAAGAAUUACGAGCCAGUCUGGGACCAGUGGAAGACGAUAUGAUUGUCAAUGUAGUCGAUGUUGGCUAUUUCGAUGGGCUUUCGGCUCUGGUCAAGUCAAAACCUCUCAGUUCUAUUAACAACUACAUGAUGUGGCGUCUUGUGUCCACUUUCGAUGUGUACCUUCCACAUCAGUAUCGUGUUCCUGCUCAGAAAUUCCAGGCAAGCAUGUUUGGAGCAACUGCUGAAGUACCUCAGUGGGAGAACUGUGUUCGGGAAGUGGCAGAAAAUUUAGCGAUGCCUUUAUCCACGGCUUACGCCACCUCGUACUUUUCCGUAGAAGACCGCGAAAAGGCUGAAGAAAUGAUAAUGGAUCUGAAGAGGUCUAUGGAGCGUCUCUUACACGAUACAGAUUGGAUGGAUGAGGCUACCAGAUCAGCGGCUCUGAAAAAACUCGAGAAGAUGGGCCAUAAAAUUGGAUUUCCGGACACGCUGCUCAACGAAACGGCCGUUCUGGCACCUUUCGAGGGAGUGCAAUUGACCAGAGAUCGUUAUUUCGAUAAUGCGUUACAACUGAAAAGGGCGGCUGUUCGUACUGUCUUGACUCGUCUCUAUAAUCACCCAUCAAAAGAAGAAUGGGCCUCACCUGUCAUUGCUGUGGAUGCAUUUCAUUAUUUCACAGGAAAUGAGAUAAUCUUUCCUGCUGCUAUUCUGCAGUUUCCAAUGUUCGUGCCUGAAGCGCCAUUCUACGUCAAUUAUGCUGCUAUUGGACUUGGCAUCGGUCAUGAGAUAACACAUGGCUAUGACGAUUUAGGAUCACAAUACGAUGAGUAUGGAAAUCUGAGGCGAUGGUGGGAUGAGGCGACGCUGGACACAUUCCAGAAAAAGAGGCAAUGUUUCGUCAACCAAUACAGCAAGCACCUCGAGCCGACCACUCAGCGAAAUGUUGACGGUCGACUCACAAUCGGCGAGAAUAUAGCAGACAAUGGUGGACUUCGUGUCGCAUACGAGGCUUAUCGGAUGAGAAGUUCGCGCGAGUCUGAAACUGCUUCCCUUCCUGGACUUCCAUCUUUCUCAACGGAGCAGCUCUUCUUCAUCGCCUACGCUAAUACGUGGUGCGAAGCUGUGAAAGCUUCCUCAAUCAACUACAUCAUGGAUACGGACGUACACGCUCUCGGAAUGUUCAGGGUGAACGUGCCGCUGCAGAACUUCCCUGCAUUCUCAAAAGCAUUCCAAUGUCCAGCAGGCAGUCCAAUGAAUCCUUUCGAGAAGUGUAGGAUAUGGUGACUUUGAACAUUGGGAGUUCAGGGCUACAUCGAGAAGAGGCCUAGACAGUGUACAACCCACAGCACCAAAUCCAGGUUGAGGGCCAUCUCCCAUCUGUUCAUUUAGCCUGAUCGCGUUCUCUGACGGCCGUAUCUGAAAGUGUAUUCUGACAAAAUUUGCAGCGUACAAAAAGAGCGCUAUAGCAGUGACUUGUCUCAGGAAUUUCCACAAAACUUCUUUUGUUGUAUAGCUGCCUAUUUAGGUUUUCUCAUAUUGUGCGGGUUUCAGUCUCCGCUUUACCAGUGAUUUUAAACAAUAUCAAAUGACAUGACAUUAGCUCUAUCUUAUUCAGGUCUACUCAGGGUCAUUGUUUCAGCUAAAUCUCAUUAUUUUCAGUCUGACCUUUGAAGACGAUAAAGUUUAAUUUUGUGUUAUUGUGCAAUGGUCUAUUGUUCCUUCCUCGCAAAUUUCGUUUUUCACCAAUUUAAUUACUAUACGCUUUCAUGUCAUCUACAGAUUUUAGAAGAAGUUGUCACCUAUACUCAAACCGCUACUUUUGUGUGUUUUAUUGUAAAAGUUGCUCGACAGCUCUUGAGACCGAU